AUGAUCCAACUGCGCCAUGCCCUGCCCACUCCUUUUUACCUCGCCCUCGACACCCUCCUCACCCUCCUCCCGCUACUUCCCGACCCCUUCGCCCCUUCGUGGCCUCUUGUGCCCAACCAUACGGACCUCUGCGAGAACAACAUCCACGUCGACGUCGCCACGGGCAAGAUCGCCGGCAUCUGCGACUGGCGCCGCGCCGCGAUCAGCCCGUUUGGCAUGGCGCUGGGCUGGGUCGAGAUUGUCCUCGGCACGCUCACCACGAACGGCGACGAGGGCUUCUGGUGCUUUUAUCCGGCGCAUGAGGAGCCGAGGGCGCGUUUCUGGACGCGAUUCUGCACCUAUCGUGGAGGGCUGGAAGAGAAGGCUAAACGCCGCGUGGAGACGGCCAGGCUCGUGGGCCGUUUUCUGACGGCUGGAUUUCAGGGCGGGAAGCCUGCGGCCGCUGGGAGUGAGGAGUUGGGGUUUCUUACGGCCGUUCUUCGUCACGGUGCGUCAUCACUGACACCGUCGAAAGCCCCAUAG